GACGUCACGCACUUCCUCAUCGAACGGACAUCCCGCAGACGGCCCAGCAUCGCAGCAUAACGUUGAAGAGAGUUCUCUGCAUCGCCUCGCUUCCCGACAGCAGCUUCCAAGCAUACCUACACGACAGACAGCAUUCGAUCUCGAACUGUAGAGGCGCUCUUCCCGGCCGUGCCCUUGCUUUUACACACCGUCUCGCAGCGUCGACGCAUCAAUUCCCACGAUUGCGAGACCACGACGCACGGCCAGUCCGUGACGAACCUCGUCUGAACAUCGUCUUGACGAAAAGAACCGCAGUCACAAUGUCCAACUACAACGGACGACACGGUCCCAACGUGUCGCAGUACCUCCGCGACCUCAACACCAUCAGCCCUGGAGACACCACCGGCCUCGAGGAGCCGUACGCCUUGGAGGAGGACCUGGCCAUCUUCACCAACACGCAGUUCUUCGACAUCGACUCUGGCCGAAACACCGACUUUCAGGCUCAGGCCCAACCCGUCAAGCCCGAGGGCAAGGCACUCCACAGCGGCACCGCAUCCGAGGAUGUCAGCGCAGCGCCCUCAGUCAUUGGUGAAAUCCCCAACCUGGAUUUCAUGUCUGACUUUACCUUCCCAGACUUCAACAACAACACAUAUGCCGCGCCCCACAUGAACAACUUCCCGGACCAGGCCUUCCAGCCCCUGCAGCCCAACCACGGCCAUGUCCCGGUGCCUCCUCACCAUGCGCGCUUCCCCCAGGCACACCCGCAGGUCGGCGACAAGCGCAAGUCCGAGUCCAUGAGCCAGGAGGAGGCUGCCCGGAUUGCUGCCGAGGAGGACAAGCGGAGGAGGAACACGGCCGCCAGCGCCCGUUUCCGCAUCAAGAAGAAGCAGCGCGAGCAGGCUCUCGAAAAGUCCGCCAAGGAAAUGUCUGACAAGGUCGCCAACCUGGAGAGCAAGGUCUCCCAGCUCGAGACGGAGAACAAGUGGCUGAAGAACCUCUUGGUCGAGAAGAACGAGGGAAGCGAGGACAUUGUCGCGCUGUGGAAGGAGUUCACCAAGCACGCCAGCCAGAAGGCCAAGGCCACUCCCGCCGAGUCAAGUAGCGGCGAGAAGCUCAAAGAUGAGCGAUGA